GUACAUACAAACGCAGCCAUAUUACUUGAUUUCAAGAGAAACGAAUUUUCAUUGAUAACUUUUUUUUUGAUAACACUGUGCGACAGCUCAAAUCGGUAUUGAGUAAAACCAAAUGCAAACUGGUGCAAACGCAAAGGGCGAUCUACCAAGAAGCCCAUUUAAGGAAAAGCAUGCAUUUAUGGAAUAUGAAAAAGACCUUGGGAGUUCAAGUGAAAAACAACAAUUAUUGGUUUCUGAACUCGAAGCUAUAAAUAUUUUAAAUGUAGAUAAAUAUUUAAGAACGUGCUGGCGGAAAAUUAUUACAGAUGAGGUAGCAGAACUUUUCUCGUGGAAGGGAACUGGUACCAAAAGCAGCGCUAUUGGUUUGGCAACGACUGCGGCAAUAAGAAGUGCUUGUCGUCAAAAAUUUAACUCCGACGAAGAAGUUUUUAUUUCCGUUUCAAAGAAGCACUUCCAAAAUGCACACGACCGGCAAAAAAAAAUUCCAGCCUAUCGGCAAAAAAGAUAAAAAAUAAAUUCAGCUACUUUAUA